AUCGUCGCGCAUGCUCAGUAGCAGCUGUUUUGUUUACAUAAUACUGUCCUUGCCGGAGAAAGCAGAGCGGACUAAUAAACAGCUUAAGUUACCUUUCCAGGUAAAUUAUGUCUGUGAAACACGCCAUCAGCCGGGGACUCGAGCUGGGCCGGUCGGUCUUUCAGCUGGGCCUGCUUAAAUCCGGCGGCCGACUCGUAGCGAAGCUCCGAGCUGACCGUCUCCGUGUCGGCCCGUCGGGCCGCACCGCUCAGCCUCAGACUUUCCUGCCGUCUCGGUACCGAUAUUAUCGCACCUCUCUGAAGGGCCUGGCAGCCCAGCUCCAGUCCGCCGGCUUCGGGAGGAGGUUCGGCGGCGGGUCCCCGCGGAACAGAGCCGUGUUUCUGGCUUUCGGGCUCGGUGUGGGGCUCAUCGAGCAACAGCUGGAGGAAGACCGGGAGAGUGCUGCGACAUGUCAGGAGAUCCAGGCCGUGUUUAGAAAGAAGAGGUUCCAGAGUCCACUCAAGCCGUUCACGUCUGGAUACAAACUGGAGGAUUACGUCAUCGGGAAUCAGAUCGGGAAAGGCUCCAACGCCGCCGUGUACGAGGCUGCAGCCCCGUUUGCCGUCUUUCCGAAGGACGGCGGCAGCUCGCUGGUGCAGCUGAGAGAAGAUGAAGACGAAGGGGAGACGGCUCGAUCCCUCACAUGCUGCUCGCUGAGAAACUUCCCUCUGGCUGUCAAGAUGAUGUGGAACUUUGGGGCGGGGUCAUCGAGCGAGGAGAUAUUAAAAUCCAUGUCACAGGAGCUGGUGCCUGCAGGCCCUCUGGCCUUAAAGCAGGAGAAAGAACAAAUCACUCUGGAUGGAUAUUUUGGAGUCGUGCCCAAAAGAGUGUCAGCACACCCCAACAUGAUCAGAGUGUACCGGGCUUUCACAGCAGACGUCCCGUUGCUGCCGGGUGCCCGUGAAGAGUAUCCAGAUGUGCUGCCGGCCAGGCUCAACCCCGCCGGUCUGGGCAACAACCGCACUCUUUUCCUGGUCAUGAAGAACUACCCGUGCACGCUGCGACAGUACCUGGAAGAGUCCACGCCAGGCCGCAGGCAGGGCGCCCUGAUGGUGCUGCAGCUCCUCGAGGGCGUCGACCAUCUGUGCAGACAGGGCGUCGCCCACAGGGAUCUCAAAUCGGACAACGUGCUGCUGGAGCUCGACUCGGAUGGCUGCCCUCGUUUGGUGAUCACUGACUUUGGCUGCUGCCUGGCUCAGAGUGACUCGAGUCUGCAGCUGCCCUUCAACAGCAUGUGGGUCAACAGGGGAGGAAACGCCUCCCUCAUGGCCCCUGAGGUGACCACCGCAGUCCCAGGGUGCGGCGUCGUGAUUGACUACGGCAAGGCGGACGCCUGGGCUGUCGGCGCCAUCUCCUAUGAGAUUUUCGGCCAGGAUAACCCGUUCUAUCGAGCGGUGGGGCUGGAGAGCAGGAGUUACCAGGAGAAGCAGCUUCCUCCUCUGCCCUCCGGUGUCCCGGCUGACGUGCAGUUAGUGAUCCGACUUCUCCUCAGGAGAAACCCGAGCAAGCGCCCCAGUGCCCGCGUGGCAGCUAACAUGCUACAUCUCAGCCUCUGGGGACGGAAGGCCCUGGCCAAUCAGGACAGCGUCGGCAUGAGAAAGCUGGCUGAUUGGCUGCUGUGCCAGUCUGCCGUGGUUCUCCUGAAGGGCUGCAGCGGACCCGGUGGUAACACGGUGGAGGCGGAGCUUCAGAGGAGCUUCCUGUCUAACCUGGACCUGGAGGACCUGCGCACCGCCGCAGGCUUCCUCCUUUACGGGCGAGAGCAGCGUCAGGCCUGCAUACUGUCUGCAUAGAUCCACUCUGACUCAUUUAGUUUAAGAGGCAUUGAUAUUAAAACUCAGACAUCUAUAAUAUUUAUAGUCUUUGCCUUUAGAUCUAACGGCUUUAAGGCAAACGCCACAUAAUCCUUGACCUGACAGUGUAUUCCUGAAAUCGAGUUCUCACAGGUUCACAAACUGCCCCUUUAUGCAAAAUGCUGUAGGUGCAUUGAGUCAUGGACUGUUGAGGCUGGUGCUGGUGGAGAAAAACAUCAGUAUCUCUGUUUUUUAGAUGAUUAAUCUCCUAAAUUUGCUCAGAAAUGUGACAUACCAAUAGUUAGGAGUGGAUAUUUUCUUCAAGAUGCACUUUUUUUUAGACAUUUGCUAGGAAUACGGUGGUUGUUACCUGUGUGGAUGCAGAUAUUUUUACAUGAGAGUAAAGAACCUACCGUGUAGGGCGAAACUAUGUUUAAGCGAUAUUCACAGGUAACAUGCAGCCGUUAAAAACAGUCAGCGGGUGUAAAGUUCUUUGUAAAGUUCUGAGCCAAACAAUCAUUAAUUCACUCUCAUCCUGCACGACGUAACGCAUGUGCACACCAGUUAUCACGAUGACGACGGAUCAUGCUCAAGGAUGUGAUUUGUGUGUUUGUUUGUUUUUUUCUGUGACUUGCACUUUAUGUCCACGUUUGCACUCGCUCGGAGCCGUCGCUCUGGCUUAUCGGUUUGUUUGUUGCCAACUGAUCUAUGUUUGUUAUAGAGCCUAAAUUCCAAGAAGUUGAGACACUGUAUGGAACGUAAAUACAAAAUGCAAGGAUUCUUGAAUCCUUUUCGACGUGUAUUCAGUUGAAUACAGGUCAAAAACAAGAUAUUUAAUGUUCAAAUAGAUAAAUGAUAUUUGUAAAUAUAUCCCUGCAACAUGUUCCUAAGAAGUUGGGGAUCAUCAAGGAUGAGGUGAGGUUCACCACUCUGUGAAAAACUGUCCCAACAGUUUAAGAAUAGCACUUGUCAACGCACAGAUUGAAUGAAUUUAUGGAUUUCACCAUCAAAAAUCCAGAAUAUCAUUAAACAAUUCAGAGAAAUCUCGAGACGUCGGACGUUUAUGUUUCAACCAGCGUCCCAACUUUUUUGGAAUCGAGGGAAAUUAUAAAAGAUUUGACUUGGGUGACUUAACCCCUCGUGUUCGCUGUAAUCUGUUAUGAAAAGAUACGUCUAUGAUUUUGGCCUCAUAACGUGCAUAAAUAAUAAUUAUCAUAGUCAUGGGGUCACUUUGGGAUAUAAGAUACAGAGGGUUGUUAUGUUUUCGUACUAAAGAUGGAGAGAAGUAUGUUUGAUUUGUGUUGAUUUUUCUGCUGUGUUUCAGAAUAAAAGCAUAGUGCAAAUCA